CUCGCAAGAAUGUCGAUGCUUCAGAACUUGUCGCUGUCCAACAACAAAUUGGAAGGGCUCCUGCCCCGUGAAUUGGGGUCUAUGGCUUCGUUGCAGCAUCUGGAUCUGUCCAACAAUAGUUUUGGUGGUGCAUUGCCGUCAGGUUUCAGAAACUUGAGAAAGUUGAAGUACUUGGAUCUCCGUGGCAACGGCUUCGUUGGCAAACUGGAUGACAUAUUUGCACAGUUGCAGAGCCCAGUCCACGUUGAUUUCAGCUGCAAUCAGUUCUCGGGCUCCCUGGCAUCGAUAUCUGAUAACUCAUCUGUGGCCAGCACACUGCAGUACCUGAAUGUUAGCCAUAAUUUGCUGUCAGGGGCAGUAUUUGCGAGCGAUCCAACGCCGUUGUUCGACAGCCUGGAGGUGUUCGACGCAAGUUACAAUGCCCUUACUGGCAAUGUACCGUCGUUUAACUUCAUGAUUUCCCUCAAGGUGUUGCGCCUGCAGAAGAAUAAUUUCUCUGGGUCCAUUCCAGAAGCGCUAUUUCGGGAGACCUCCAUGGUGCUCACUGAACUUGACCUUAGCUGCAACCAGCUUACAGGUCCAGUUAGACGUGUAACCUCAGUGAAUCUGAAGUACCUGAAUCUGUCAUCUAAUAGCCUUCAGGGAACUUUACCAAUCACAUUUGGGAGCUGUUCUGUCGUUGAUUUGAGUGGAAACAUGCUUUCAGGCAACCUGUCAGUUGUCCGGACAUGGGGAGAUUAUGUUGAGACGAUUGAUUUGAGCUCAAAUAGGUUGACAGGAACUUGGCCAGAUGAGAGUACCCAGUUCCUGAGGCUGACUUCAUUGAGGGUUUCCAACAACUUGCUAGCAGGAGAACUGCCAACUGUUCUUGGAACGUAUCCCGAGCUGAUUUCCAUUGACCUUAGCCUCAAUCAGCUGCAUGGACCUUUACCUAAAAAUCUGUUUACGGCAGUUAAACUGACCUAUCUAAAUCUUUCAGGAAAUAGUUUCACAGGGACUCUUCCUCUUUCCAAUUCUGUAACCAGCAACUCAACUUCUAUAGACCUGUCGGUUCUUCCUGUACAAACUUCAAACCUCUCGUCUGUUGAUCUUUCAAAUAAUUCUUUUAGUGGCUCUCUGCCUUCAGGCAUUGGUGGUUUGAGUGGAUUGGCGUUGCUGGACCUCUGUCUGAACAACUUCACUGGGAAAAUCCCAACAUCAAUCACCAAGCUGAAACAUUUGAUGUACAUUGACUUGUCAAGCAAUCAUUUUGACGGUAGCAUACCUGAUGGCCUCCCGGACGAUCUCGUAGAGUUCAAUGUAUCCUACAACAGCUUGUCUGGCUCCGUUCCGAGCAAUUUGCAGAAAUUUCCUGAUUCAUCUUUCCAUCCAGGGAAUGAACUACUCGUUCUUCCCCACUCUGGAUCACGAAAUGGCGAGUCAGGUGGGAAGAAACACGGUAUGAAGCGUGGAAUUCUAAUUGCAUUGAUUGUAUGUGUUGUGGUCUUUGUUACUGGGAUCAUUGUGCUUUUCCUUAUCCAUUGGAAGAUCUCUAGCUGGAAGAGUAGUGAAAAGGGCAAGGGUGAAAGUAAGCAUCCUGUAACCCAAGGACAAGAUGCUCACAGACGUGCAGAAACUCCAAGUUCGGAAACACGCGAUGUGUCGUUAGGAUCAUCGCCAUCCACAGAGUAUGGAGGUGUUCCCUUGCCUGGCAGUGGCCUGGAAAGACAGCAUGAAACACAAGAGGUGGAUCAGCCAACUGACAGUAUUGCCACCCUUAAAGAUAGCAAGCAGUCUUCGAUGCCUGCAUUGAUAUCAUCACCUCCUGAUGCCGGCGCGCACCAUCACCACUCCAUCCUGAGAGUGCACUCUCCUGACAAACUGGUUGGGGAUUUACAUCUUUUUGAUAAUUCUGUGUUGUUUACGGCUGAAGAGCUCUCUCGCGCUCCAGCAGAGAUCAUUGGCAGGAGCUGUCAUGGGACAUCGUACAAGGCUACUCUUGACAAUGGGUAUGUCCUUACUGUGAAGUGGCUGAGGGAGGGCUUCGCUAAAAGCAAGAAAGAGUUCUCCCGUGAAAUAAAAAAGCUCGGUAGCGUCAAACAUCCCAGUCUAGUCUCACUGCGAGGCUACUACUGGGGUCCCAAAGAGCAUGAGAGGAUCAUCAUAUCAGACUAUGUAGAUGCCACAUCUCUGUCUACCUACUUGUCCGAGAUUGAAGAGCGGAAUCUUGAACCUCUGGCGGUGAGCCAGCGGCUUGAUAUCGCAAUCAACAUUGCUGGCUGUCUAGAUUACCUGCACAAUGAGCGGGUGAUCCCACAUGGCAACCUCAAGUCCUCAAACGUCUUGAUUCAGAAUUCAAGUCCAUCUGCCCUGGUAAUUGACUACAGCCUUCACAGGCUGAUGACUCCCAUCGGCAUGGCCGAACAGGUCCUGAAUGCAGGGGCUCUUGGCUACUCCCCUCCUGAGUUUGCAAGCACCAGCAAGCCGUGCCCAUCUCUGAAGAGCGACGUGUACGCCUUUGGCGUCAUCCUACUUGAGCUUCUGACAGGGAGGAUAGCAGGGGAGAUUAUUUGCAUGAACGAUGGUGCGGUCGACUUGACGGACUGGGUGAGGAUGCUGGCAAGGGAGGAACGUGCUUCAGAGUGCUUCGACAGGCGCAUUGUCGAAGCCGAAACCUCGGGAGGAGGAGGCACCCCUAACAUGCUGGAGGACAUGCUGCACAUCGCCAUCCGUUGUAUCCGCUCCGCAGCGGAGAGGCCGGAGAUACGGACGGUGUUCGAGGACCUUUCGUCCCUGUCCUCGUCGUGACGACGGAGAGUCCUUGGUAGCGUACAUCUCGU